GCCCGUCGGUAAAUCGCCUCAUUUGCAUAUUAACGCCAUCCGGAAAGUCGCUGGAAAGCUUUCAGUGUGGCAGUCCGGGAGGAAGUAGUGAGAUGCUCUUAGAGAAGAAUCUUCGAAUUCACCCGUUUGAGUUUGCCUCAAACAAAAUGCUAAACGUAGUAGAAAAAGGAAGAUUCGAUGAGGAUCGAGUGAGUAUAGUAGGACGUAACGGCCAAUCUUUCGUCGUGUGGAGAAAAUCCUUGAUAGAAAAGGGAGGAUUACUGAAAAACUCCGUAACGUUGUGUCCGAACGAAAGCAAGUUUAUCCUCAAACUACCUCUAACACCGGGAACACUGAAUCAACUCGUCAGAUUUCUGACAGACAAAAGUGUUACUUUUACUUAUGCAGACGAUGCAUUCCGAAUGUACUUAUUGGGAAAACGUUACCGCAUUAGCCCACUAGUGAAAAUAUGGUUUUAUUAUCUCGUCGGAAUGAUUUAUUCUCACUCUCACCACGUUUAUCGUAUUCAUAGUUUGGCCGUCAGACACCACGAAAAACAGUUGCAAUAUUAUUGUUUCAAACGAUUGAAUAGCAGUGACGAAAGUAUAUCACGUUCCGACGAUUUCAAAUCGUGCGAAGAAACUAAUAUUUACGAGUUAUUGACGUGUCCGGCCUACGUCAAGGUGGAGAAACAUCAUCAGUUGCUCCGACUUCGCAACCGGGUGAAAGAAACAUUCGCUAUUGAACCGGAACACCUAAAAGACAUCCCGAAAAACAUCAAUAAUGAUUUUCGAUCGGCAAGACAAUUUCCCGCUGGUAAAAAUGUGGCCCAAUUACUGGCAGCAAUUUCUGCUAACGUUAAACAGCGAAAACGUUCCAAUUAUUUUCUGUUACUCGCCUUAACUCUGGCGAGAAAAGGAAUAUUGUCAGAAAAUAAAAAGACGGAAGACAACUUGCUGUUUAUGGCCGAUAUCUGGGUACCGGAAGACUACAUUGUAGACUCAAUUAAAUUGCCAAUCAUCCAUCGUAGAUCCGGAGGAAUUAAGGUUUUGGUCGGUGUUAAGAAUAGUUAUUCGCGGUGUUUCGUGUACAAAAGAGGUAUCUGCGACCCGAACGGAGUCGUACCGUUAGAAAAACUGAAAUUGUUGCCAAAGCGAAGCUUUCAUAUAUUUUCGGUUAAAGUUCCGAAAGAGGAAAUCGAUUCGACUAAAAUUAAGGUUCUAAACAAAAGGAAUUACGUUCCAAUAUACGAUUUCCGAGACGAAAGUACGAGAGGUGAAGACGAAAAGACGAAAUUUAUCUGUGAUAUUAACGUUAUUUAAAAUUUAAUAAAGGCUUUAUUAUAAGACGAGUCGGUGUUUUUAACAGAAAAAUCCUUCGAUUGUGAAAGGUUUUUAAUUCGAACGAUGCGUAUGAAUUUUACAAAAUUACGAAAAAUUUCUAUUCAUUUAAUUAAUAAUAAAUAAUAAUCCCAUCUUUACCGCGAAUAGAAAUGAUUUUAC